AUGGGAGAAUUAAAAGAAGCUCAUUCUAUAUUAAAAGAAGUACCUGGACAAGUUAAAAAGAAAAAUAACCAAAUUGAAGCAUUCGUCUUAAGACGGGGAGAGAAGUUAAAGAAACAGGCGCCUAGUCAGGAAUUCUGUCGAUUACUGGCUCUAGAAUUGAUGUUUUUAUGGCACGCUAUUCCAACCUGUACUGAGGCUGAACUUAAACCAAUGUUAGAUGUUUGUGAUAUGCAGACAGAUCAUAAAGCGUUACAUAUCAAGUCUCUAGUAGAGGGCGCUAUAUUUAAAGAAUUAGGACAAGAAGACAUGGCAGUGGCGUGUUUUGAUGAGACAAUCGCCCGAGCUCAAGGUAUGAAAGAUGAUCACCAUAUACCAGCCUUCGCUAUGUUUGAAUUGGCCACUAUUUACAUGCUCAAACCUGAGACGGAAACUAAAGCUAAAAAAUUACUUCUUCAAAUCAAGACUGAAUUUAAGGAUUAUGAUUUUGAGAACAGACUGAGUGUACGAGUUAAUAAUUCUUUAAAACGAUUAAAAGAUAUAGAAAAUACCCGGUCUAAUGGUGCCUCCAAAUCAUAGGUUUAUUAUCUUGUUGUAUUCUAACACAGUCUUUAUCUUUUCUCCUUCAAUAACUGACAUCAUAUAGUGUCUACUGCUUCUCGGAAUACACCUCCCAGCAUUGGAGAGUGCAGAAAUUAUAUUGGCUGGCGGUGUCAUCAAACUGACGAAUGUUCAAGAAGGCCGUCGUAAGACCCUAACUGAAGUGGCUAUAUUAAAAAUAAAAGUUUAUAAAAAACAGAACAAAAGUUUGGUCUAAUUCUCGUCAGACUGAAUGGCUUUGAACAAGUUAAUUAAACAAAUUAUAUCUUAAAUUGAAAGUAAUAUAACUUUAAUAUAUAGCCGUUUGGGUAUAUAUUAUGUAAUUACGUGACCGUUAUAGCAGCCAUUGUUUUUUUGAAAGUAUUUUGAAAGUUAUGACAUUAAGAGAAGAAAAGAUAAAGAAUUGUGUAUUUAAAUAAAAUAUAGAAUU